AUGUUCUACAAUCAGAAGAAGUAUAACUGUCCGGUGAGGAUCUGGUUCUGCCUGGACUAUCCCAAGAGUCCACCGAUCUGCUACGUCACUCCGACACGCGACAUGGGCAUCAAGCCUCGCCAUGUCCACGUGGACAGUGCAGGGUUCAUAUACCAUCAAUACCUCACCCAGUGGAGCGACUCAUCUUCCGUGAAGGAGCUCGUCGCCACCUUGAAAAACGUCUUCAGUCGGGAGCCUCCAGUAUAUGCCAAGAGCUCGAGCUCAGCAGGAGCUCGACUCACUUCGUCCACGAGCAACGGCUCUCAAGCUCAGCCUCCUGUUCGCCCUAUCCCGCCGAACCCGGUGGCAAAUCCUCCCAUGGAGCAUCUUGUGGCCUCGCAGCCCAACGAGCGAGUUCACGAUGAUUCUUAUUUCGGUCCUAUGCCCCGACAUUCUUCGAUGCCUCCUGUUGUGUCCUCCGAACCGUCGAGGCCACACCCUGAGGAGCAAGCAGCUGUUAAUCGACAAUCCACGGAGGAGGAGUCAAGAUUAACUUUUGUUGCGAUGACAUUCAGCAAGAUAGAGGACAAGUAUGACCGAUUUCGACGCGAAAACGAUUCAGAGUUUGAUGCUUAUCAGCUCAAGCAGAAAGAUAUGGAUAUAACAUUUCAAAAACUUCACGACUACAAAAUUCGCUUGACGCAAGAAAGAGAUCGUUUAUUCAAGAUGCUCGAAGAGUUGGAUGCGGCUGAGCAAACCAUCGAGAGAGUUCAGGAAGAUUUGCAAAGUUCUUCGCAGGAGCCUGUGGAAAACACUUUGAAGUGCCACGAUACCAUGGCCGAUCAACUUCUACAAGCUGUCUGCCAUGACAAGGCGAUCGAAGAUACUUUGUAUGAGCUCGAUAAGGCGUUGGAUGACUCCAAGAUCGAAACGCACACAUAUCUCAAGAUCGUUCACAAGCUUUCGCGGGAGCAGUUCUUUCAGAAGGAGCUCAUCAACAAGAUUCUUGCUCGCAGGAAGCAACUAGGCGUCUACUAA